AUGCCCCCCGUCACAAUCCCCCAAUUCCUCCUCCCGCGAGGCGCCCCCUCCACCCGGAGCUUCCUCUCCCUCGCCCGCACCCAGUCGAAGGCCCCGACCCCGUCGGCUUCUCGCCGCUGCGCAUCGUCGUCCUCGCGCUCUAGCUCUAAAGAUGACAAGCCGCGCGUGCUCGAGAAGCCAGACAAGUUCCGGCCGCCAUCGCACCCCGCGCGGCGCGUGAUGCAGACUCGCAACGGCCGCAUCGUGAACCCGAACCCGGUCAACUACGGUCCGCGGCUCUCGGAGGCAGAGAAGCAGGCGCAGAAGGAGAAGCAGUAUCCGAAUAUGUUCCCGCCCGAGGGCACGGUCAUGCAUCGGUUCUUGACGAAUCGGUGGAUUCAUAUUUGGAUUGCGAUGGGCGUCCUCACCUCCCUCGCAACAUUCACCUUCACAGAAACAUUCAAACGGCGGUCUCCGUUCGCGCACCUCCUGCCCUCGUGGUCGGGCCUGGUCUGGCACCCCAUCGACACGAUCUCGCAGGCCCUCUCGGUGUACCGGAUGGACGUGCAGCACAACUCGCUGGAGACGCGACAGAAGCGGCAGCGCCGGGUCGAGGACGCCGAGAAGAGACGCCAGUACCGGGUUGCGCAUGGUAUGGAGGAGCCGAGCGCGGAGGAUAAGGAAGGCGGUAGUGCUGCCGAGGGUGAUGCGGAGCUGGUCGGCGUGGAUGAGCAGUCGCCGGUGGCGGUUGAGGAGCAGGCAAAGGAGUUUGUGGAUUGGGAGGGGAGGAGGAGGCCUGUGAAGAAGUGGUUGGGGAUUUGGUAGGAUUUUCUGGGAAUGGGAUGGUAUGUGUGAUGUUGGGUUGGGGAUGGUGUCGGUGGAUUGAAUGAGGUAGAUUAUGUUGGUGAUUGAUGGUGUUGAUGGGGUGGGGUUUUCUCCACGAGGUGUGUAUUAUUUUCCCUUUUUGUAUGUAGUAUGUACAUUGGUACUCUCUCAUCUGCUUAUCAUGACAAUUCCUUCGUCCAACGGUGUUUUAG